GUGCGCCCGUUGGACUUGUUGCAUUCGAGCCCUCCACAUCCGCUAGUCUAUAAUUCUUUGUUUAGGUUGUAAAACAGUGCAAAAACGUUGAGUAUCGAACUAAAUUGCAUCUUCAUUCAAUUUUUAGUUUAUCAAAGUUACCUGCUGAUUGCACAGCACUUGACUUUCAUGAGAAAGUAAAAACGCGAACGAAGUCAACGAAAUUAAACGUGAAAACUUUUCAAUUUCUUGAAUAGCUAAAAUAUGUCGGUCACGGACGUCGUUCGCCCUGUUCAACCGAUCUCGUUUGACCAGCAGUUUACAGGCGAAGUGCCCAAAUACGUGCGAUCAGAUUGUAAAAACAAUUACAAACCAAAACUUUCCAUUGAAAGGGGAUACGAUCCAAUCAAGGCUGAAAACACCAUUCAACAGUUUAGAAAUGCGGUGAAGGAUUUUGAUCUGAAGGAUUCUAGUGACGAAUACCUUGUGAAAUGGUUGAUUGCACAAGAUUUCGAUGUGGCUCGGGCCGAGAAAAUGCUCCGACAGUCUUUGGAAUGGAGGCGGAUAAACGAAGCUGACGGAAUCCUGGAUUCGUACACACCAAGUGAAGUUUUUAAACAAUACUUUUCUAUGGGACACGUUGGACUCGAUAAAUUCGGUUGUCCCGUAUUUGUGUGUGCGCUAGGGAAAAUGGACCUUAAAGGACUAUUAUCGUCUAUGACGAAGAAAGAAUAUUACAAUUUCUUGACAUGGAUGACAGAGACAUUUGUUGCAGUAAUUACACAAGAAAAUAAUCGAACGGGGUAUCGAACCAAGAAACAAACAUUUAUAAUUGAUCUUGAUCAAUUCUCGAUGCGGCACUUGGUCAGCAAACCAGUCGGAUCUUUUAUGAAUGCGGGGGCUGCAAUCAUCACUAUAAUACAAACUUAUUUGGUAAAUUAUCCCGAUCAAUUCCGCCGGGUAUUUAUCAUUAACGCUCCGGCCAUGUUCCCUUGGCUUUUCGGUUUCAUUAAACCUUUACUAGCGCAAAAUGACGUGCCAAAAAUCAAAAUCUUUGGAAGCAACAAAAAGGAAUGGAUGUCUGCUCUACUAGAAGAAAUUGAAAGCGAUCAAUUUCCCUCCUAUUAUGGUGGUAGUAUGACCGAUCCUGGUGGUGAUCCGAAAUGUCCAAGCAAGUUAAACCUGGGAGGUGAAGUGCCACGUUCUUUCUACCUGCGCAAAAACCCACCUGUCGCCAAGGACAACAUGGAAACGUUAAGCAUUUCAGCUGGUGUUGGUGGCAAAAAGAAAUUGGAAUGCAACGUUGACGUCAUUCAAUCCACCAUCAGAUGGGAAUUUAUGACGGAGGGUGGAGAUAUUAGCUACCGAGUCUACACCAAGAACAAUAAAAAUAAUUCGGAUGAUUUGGUACCUCAUUGUCGAGUUGACAGUCACCUGGUGAUGGAAGAAGGUCAAAUAAGCUGCGACCAGCCUGGAAAAUACGUCUUCGAGUUUGACAAUUCCUAUAGCUAUUUGCGGAAGAAGAAGCUUCGUUACCACAUUGUGGUCGAACAACCCGAAAAUUCUCAGUGAUCCGAACGUCAGUAAACCAACAAGUGAAAAAACAAAACAAAUAAUAUUCAAAAUAGACAAUAUAUUUUAAGUCUAUAGAUGGGUGAAACAUGUGAACAGAUUGCUUUUCUAUAAAUUAUGUUUUUCAAAGCGUAA